AUGGAGAUGGCAGUGGCAGAAAUGGCAAAGAUGAAACACCUUAUCAGCUGCAAGGCUUUGAUCAAGCCACCAAAGGAUCAAAAGCCACCACCAUUUACAAGCGGGUUGCCUAACCCAGAAAAACUCAAGGGCAGACAGUAUUGCAAAGGGCAUAACUCUUGGAAUCACUUCACCAAUAGUUGUGUUGUUUUCAGAGACGUCAUACAAGAAGGAAUAAAGGUAGGAAGGCUCAAGCUAGUUGAGAAACCUCCCACAGCGACAACAGACCCCUUUCCUCAACCACAAGUGAAUAUGGUCAACUUAAAAUGGCCAGAACAGGAGAAAGGCAAACUGAUAGUGGAAGUUAGCCCCAACAUGGGUAGAAGAGUCACAAAAUAG